GUGAGCCUGUGAACGGACAAACCAGUCGGUGCACCGGCGGCAGUCAGCGUGAUGAUUGACCACAAAUCGGUGCAUGCUGUGCGGACUCCGGAGCGCUUGAAAACUUCGAGGGCGCCUCCAAAGAUUGCCUGAUUCAGUGAUUGUGUCCGACAGUGAGCAUCCAAAUGGAACGCUUGGUCAGCAUGGUGCCAAAAGUAGGAGAAUGAGCUGCGCAUGCUGGUUUAAGUAGGAGUGUAGGACACAAAUUGUGACCAGCAUUGGGCCAUGUGUUGAUACUAGUUUCAAUUUCUUUAGGUGGAUUAGCUGGUAGCUUUGAGUUGCAUAGCAUUGCCUAUCAAUGGCGUGCUCUUCUUCAGCUACAGCAUUUUGUCAGAGCGUCACCCGAACUCCGUUUGGCUGCAAGGCGACAGAGAAUGGAUGUUCAAGGAAGGGGCGGAGGGAAGCGGUUUCCAGAAUUUGUGAAUUGAUCCCGCUAAUGCAUCUCAAAUCAAUGCAGAGUCAAGGAUCCCUGUUCAGAAACAAAGUAUUUGCCGCCACUGUGGACUCUGCAAAGGCGCGUAGGAAAGGUUUGGCCAGCAUUGUAGCGGAAGCAGGAGAAGAAAGUCAGGUGUCCGUUUCAGACAAGGAGGGACAGAUUCGGGAACAGAACAGGCGCCUCUUGGCAAUGCAAAAAGAGCUUCUGGCACAGAUUGAGGAGCGCAAGAAGUUGCACGCGGCGCUGCUCGAGUCGUUGGAGGACCCCGCCGGCAAGAUCAAGGAGUACAAUCAAGCGGACAACGGGGUCACUCUCCCGCCGCCGCCGCCCUCCGCUGCCCCUGUCCUGCAAUCCCGGCCCCCGCCCCGUGCAGCCCCCGCUCCGGCGCCUGUCCCUAGGAAGCCCGCCCCGCCCCCACGGCGCUCUGCUGUCCCGCCUGUCCGCCUUGCCGCGAGUGCUCCCCCUGCGACCCGCACUCCUGCCACCCCUCCACCACCCCCACCUGUUCAACGCCCGCCCCCGCCACCGCCCCAGGCACGAGAAGAGGCACAGCCUGCCGCCCCGGCGGCCCCGGAUCCCCCUCCUCCUCUGGCGGGAGAGAAUGUGAUGAACGUGGUGGUCGUGGCCGCAGAGUGUGCACCCUGGUCAAAGACGGGAGGGCUGGGCGAUGUGGUGGGGGCGCUUCCCAAGGCCCUGGCCAAGCGCGGCCACCGUGUCAUGGUCGUUGCUCCUCGCUACAGCAAUUACGCAGAGGGCUGGGAGACCGGGGUGCGGCGCCACUACAUCGUCAUGGGCCAGGACCAGGAGGUGGGCUACUUCCACGGCUUCAUCGACGGCGUGGACUACGUGUUUGUGGACGCGCCCUGCUUCCAUGCAGCUGCCGACAACAUCUACGGAGGCUCCCGCCAGGACAUCAUGUACCGCUGCAUCACCCUCUGCAAGGCCGCCGUGGAAGCGGUGUGGCACGUGCCGUGCGGGGGCAUUCCGUACGGCGACAGCAACCUGGUGUUUGUGGCCAACGACUGGCACACGGCGCUGCUGCCGGUGUACCUGCAGGCCUACUACCGCGACACGGGCCUCAUGGAGUACGCGCGCGCCGUGCUGGUCAUCCACAACAUGGCGCACCAGGGCCGCGGGCCGGUCGCCGAGUUCCCGUGGCUGGGCCUGCCGCAGCACUACCUGGACAAGUUCAAGCUGUACGACCCCAUCGGCGGGGAGCACAUGAACAUCUUCAUGGCCGGCCUCAUCACCGCGCACCGCCUCGUGGCCGUCAGCCACGGCUACGCCUGGGAGUGCCAAACGCAGGACGGGGGCUGGGGCCUGGACGGGGUGCUGCGGGACCACGGGUGGAAGCUGCGUGGCGUGGUCAACGGCAUCGACACGCAGGAGUGGCACCCCGAACGCGACACGUUCUUGCGCGACGACGGGUACCAGAACUACGGCGUGGCCAGCCUGGAGGCGGGCAAGGCCGCGUGCAAGGCCGCGCUGCAGCGGGAGCUGGGCCUGCCGGAGCGGCCCGACACGCCGCUGCUGGGCUUCAUCGGGCGGCUGGACUACCAGAAGGGCGUGGACAUCAUCCAGCAGGCCCUGCCCUGGCUCACCGGCCAGGACUGCCAGCUCGUCAUGCUCGGAACGGGGCGGCCGGACCUGGAGGACUUUUUCCGCAGCGCGGAGGCGUCGCACCACGACAAGGUGCGCGGCUGGGUGGGCUUCAGCGUCAAGAUGGCGCACCGCAUCACGGCCGGCUGCGACCUGCUGCUCAUGCCCAGCCGCUUCGAGCCGUGCGGCCUCAACCAGCUGUACGCCAUGCAGUACGGCACCGUGCCCGUCGUGCACUCCGUGGGGGGGCUCCGCGACACCGUGCAGCCGUUCAACCCGUUCGACAACAGCGGCACCGGGUGGACCUUUGAGCGCGCGGAGGCCAACGGGCUGAUCGACGCUGUGGGCAACGCGCUGUACACAUACCGCGACUUCCGGGACAGCUUCCGCGACCUGCAGCGGCGCGGCAUGACGCAGGACCUGAGCUGGGAGGCAGCGGCGGCGCAGUACGAGGAGACGCUGGUGGCGGCCAAGUACCAGUGGGACCUUUGAGGAAAGGGGCCAUUGGACUCCUUUCUACAUCGUCAAAUGUGGAAGGGCCAGUGCUCUCGCUGGCUAGCAUGCCCACACGGUGGGCUGACAUGUGUUUUGAGGCUCAACCUGAUGAGCACCGCUUACGCUCUUGGUCUCGCGUGCAUCCAGGAGCGUUACCGCUUGAAUUAAUGUUGGCAGCGCUGCUAGCUAGUAGCCUGGCCGAAGUCCUCGCAAGGUUAUAACAUUGCAUGUUUAGCACAAAUGCCAGUCGAAGAUUGAGCUUCGGUAAAGCCCUUUUGCUAAGGGAGCGUUGACAUUGGAGUCUUACACCGGCACUCGUUUCUCAGCUCUAUUCCAAUCAGAAAGUGAUCGGAUUUUCAUGUUCAGUUGCUUCCUACCAAUGUAAGCGGCUGCUCGUGAUGGUCACGAGGGUUGGAUUGCAUAAUUAUUCGGCGUCCGGUCUUGC